GGACUCAAACACAGCCAAAAAAAAUAACCCUACGUUAUCGAAAUCUUUGUCCCUGGCUUCCAUUGUGGUGCACAUUUAAUCCCUCAUGGAUCACAAUACUACUGCCUUGUACGAGACUCUUGGUAUCUCGAAAGCUGCCACCCCAGAAGAGAUUAAGAAGGCAUAUCGACGACUAGCUCUUCGAUACCACCCCGACAAGAACCCAGACAGUGCCGAGCAGUUUAAGAACAUCAGCCAUGCUUAUGAGGUACUCAGUGACGAAAAGAAGAGGAAAGUUUAUGACCGCUAUGGUGAACUCGGUCUCAAUAUGAUGGGCACUGUCGCUAGCCCAUUGUUCGAUCCCGAAAUUGAAUCUAUGCUAUGCACUCUGUUCAUGACCUUGGCUUCAGCAUUUGCGCUGUUAAUUAUUUUCUUCGUAUUUUUAUCUCUACGUAUUGAUAAUAUGGUACUGUGGAAAUGGUCCGUGGUUUGGAUCCCACUCUGGAUAUGUGAUGCCAUCGUCAUUCUGUCCUUCUUGACACAUUUUGUUCAAUCUUUCCGAGACGAUGAUGACGAGAAGUACGACGACGAUGAUGAGGAAGCCGACAUGGCCCACGAGGAUGAGACUGAGGAGCAACGUGCGAAUCGUCGGGCUGCACGAAGAAGACAGCGUCGACGUUUGUCACAAGUUCGCAUCUCACUUUCCUUGAUCUAUGUCAUACUAGCCCUCCUGUUCCAAAUUUUCAUCGUCAUUCGACUGGAUCAACUUGUUAUGUGGAGUGCCGCCAUGGUAUUCAUCCCUUAUUUCAUUUUGGAAGGCCUUAACUUUAUGUUCACCUCUGUCGACUUCUUCAUCAACUUGAAAAUUAUGCAAAUGGCUGCGGAACAUCACAAGGUCGGCCUUCGAUUGAUCCUUCAGUUGCUUUUUGAAGGAUUUUGGUGGUUUGUCAUUCGCUUGGUCCAAGGCAUUCUCAUUGUCUUGAGGAUCGACCAAGUCGUAACUUGCUCUUGGGGUAUCAUCUUCAUCCCCCUCUAUCUUAUCUUUGUCAAAUACGCCAUCCAGCUCAUCUUCGCAUACAGACGAUUCCAACUUAUUCCACAACAAGAAAUGGCCCAGCAGGGCAAGCUCACCGUCAAGCUUGGAUUUAUUGCCCUGACAAUCGUUGGUGUCUUGUUCUACUCUCUUGUUGGUCUUAUUGCUAGACGUCUGGACGGAUACGAAUAUAUCAAAAUGUCCAAUGUCCUCAUUCCAAUUUUCAUCGUAUUGUCAAUUGUUUUCUGCUGUACGGGCUGCUGCUUGCCAUGUAUUUUAAUGGUGUCAAGCGUAGGAGACUUGGGCGAUGAAGCGGAUGGACGACUGAUUGACCCUAACAGGCGUAUUACCCAGUAUGCAGACACAACCCCUUUACAAUCGCAAUCCGAAAUGACUGAAGCAUAAACGAACACACAAAGCACUACACUUAUUUGUAAUAACACUAUUAAAAAUCAACUCAAUAUUCUUCCAUAGUCUCUUGCUCUUCGCAUCUUAAUAUUCACAUUUUCUACCCUUCUCAAUUACUUUUAGCUGCUUUGUUUCUUCCAAUCCAAAACAUCUGUAAAUUGCUCCCACGAUUAUACAGUAUUCAUCAAUGUGCAUUGAAAUUCAAGCUAUAAACAUUUCCUGAAAAUCGUCCGUCGUAGGUAAUAUCUGCCUCAACCGACA